UUCAAUUUUGUUUUAAUUUUCUUGAGGGAAGGAGGCGAGGCGGAGACACAGACCGAGGGAGAAGAACAAGACAUGAUUAGAAGGACCUCAAUCUCUAGAUCUCUGCAAUUCCCUUUGCUCUUAUACUUGAGCUUGAUCCAUCUGCGUUUCAUUCCAGGGUUGGCGAAUGACCCAUCAAGUACCAAAAAUGAAAAUAAAGCUGCAAGCCAUGGUGCUUCGAGCGGCUCUGUAGGACUCAAGGUGCUCAUUGUUUGCCUUGGUUUGGCGGUGUUUGUUGGUUUUUCUGUGCUCGUAUUCAAGAUAUGGCAAAAGAAGAAGAGAGAAGAGCAGCAUGCCCGUCUGCUAAAGCUUUUUGAAGAUGACGAUGAACUCGAGGUUGAACUUGGUAUUCGGGAUUGAGUUCCAUUCUCAGUCGUGUUUUGACUGUAAUUAAAUGAGGUGCGCCUCAUGGCUUCUAUAAUAUAGUUUCACUGCUCUGUUAGUAUAGGUCAUUUUCUAGUUACAUUUUUUCUGCGAUAAAUCUUUAUUGUACUAUGGCUUGUAGAUCUUCCAGUUGAUUGUGCUUAUCGGUGGUCUAAUUUAAGGGAUUGUUUGUUUUCCCCAAAAA